AAUUUUUCAACAAUUGAGGAACAUGAAAAGCCCAAAGAAAAAUGAUAAAUUGAUCUCUACGUUCACCAAAGCCGAACGAGUCAUGUUUCUCACCAAAGCUCCAAAUUCCCAUCCCAAAAUAUGGGAAUCCACAAAUUCCUCAAAAUCACACUUGUUUCCUCUUCCAUCAAAAAUCAAAAUAAUUCCAAAAGCCUAUAAUAAUGAAGAUAACAAUUCAACAGUAUCAACAGCAGGCAAAAUCAAACGUAUGGUCCUUAGUCAAGAUGGAAGAACCAAACUCAACACUUUACCAGACAGGGAAUUUUAUGCCUACCCAAGAUUUGUCACACACGUUGACGACCGUUUCAUUUCCAAUUUAACAAAUCUUUACAGGAAAUAUUUGAGGGCUGAAUUUGAGAUUCUUGAUCUUAUGAGCUCAUGGGUGAGUCAUUUACCAGAGGAAGUCAAGUACAAAAGGGUGGUAGGUCAUGGACUUAAUGCCCAAGAGCUAGCAAAAAAUCCCAGGUUGGAUUAUUUCUUUGUGAAGGAUUUGAAUAAAGAUCAGAAACUUGAGUUUGAAAAUUGCAGCUUUGAUGCUGUUUUAUGUACUGUCAGUGUGCAGUAUCUUCAACAGCCUGAGAAGGUAUUGGCGGAAGUAUUUGGAAUUCUAAAACCAGGAGGAGUGUUUAUUGUAAGUUUCAGUAACAGACUGUUCUACGAGAAAGCAAUUAGUGCAUGGAGGGAUGGUACAGGGCAUGGGAGAGUGCAACUUGUGGUACAAUAUUUUCAAUGUGUUGAAGGAUUUACACAGCCAGAAGUAAUUAGUAAAUUACCAACUGAUGAUGAUCAAGAAAACAAAUCACCUUUGAGUAGGAUAAUGCGGCUUAUAGGGUUGGUAUCAGCUUCAUCUGAUCCUUUUUACGCAGUUAUUGCUUAUAGAAACUUUAAGCCAGUGCAUGAAUGAAUUUGUUUUCAUAUAUUAUUAAGUUCAAUUUGUAUAAAACUUGGGUAUAUAUAUAAUUCUGUGACAUUUUAAUUUGUAAUGAGUAACCAAAAAUCAUAUGCUGAAAUUAUGUAAUAUUUACAAGUCA